AUGCUGGAAGUGACUGAACUCAGGGGCCACACUGAACUCCUACUGAGAAGGACUGAGAGUGAAGGGAACCAGACAGGGGAUGACUGGGAGCACUGGGACCAUGUCGGGGGCAACUGGGAUCCUACUGGGAGUGAUUUGGACCACACCGGGAGUGAUCGGGAUCACACAGGGGGUGACCGGGAACCACCGGUGAGGCGGCAUUGGCGGAGCUGGGAGGCGGCCCCGGCGCAGGUGGGAGCCGCGCUGGGUUCUGCGGGGGCUCGGGGCUCGCUGCGGGCGGAGGGGGCGGCAGGGGGCUGCGGCGGCUUGCUUGUGCCGUGUCCGGCCCGUGGUGGCCCUGGGCCGAGGGCGCUGCGGGAGCGGCUGCCCGCGCUCUCCUUCCCGCCGCUGCCUGGGCAGGAGCCGCUGCCGGAGCAGCGCUGCCUCGUCCCGGUCGCUGUGGGUAGGACAGAGGUGGCUGCCCCGUCCCCGGAGGCUGCGCCGGGGCCGCCUCCCAGCUCCGCCAAUGCCGCCUCCCCGGCCUCCGGCCGCUGCCGCCGCUCCCGGGCCCGCACAGACGCUCCGCCAAUGGCGCCGCUGCCCAGCCAGGGCCGCCCUCAGGCCGCCACGAGGGGCGGGCUCUGCACGCGGCACGGCCUCGGCUCCCUUUCCCCGAACUCCGGCAUUUCCCGGAACCCGCGGCUGAGGAGCGGCCUCGGCGCUGGGCCCGGCCCCGGCAGGAGGCCAAGGAAUCGCUGCUGCCCUGAACCGCCGGGAGCUCGGGGUGACCGGGGCCUGAGGGCGCAGGGAGCUGGGGAUUUGUCAUUCCCAGGGCGUGGCUGGACGGAGAAGGAGGAAAAGCCCCAGAGAUCCUGCAGGAGGAGGGGCUGCAAACCCAGCCCAGGGAGCUGUGGGGAGGAAAGAGCCCCCCUGAGCCAGGAAGGCAGCCGGAGAUCCAGCCGGAGCUCGGAGGUGGUGGAGAAGGCUCAUGGCAGGGAGAAGCUGCACAAGUGCUUGGAAUGUGGGCAGGGCUUCAGCCAGAGCUCCAGCCUGAUCCGGCAGCAGAGGAUCCACACUGGGGAACGGCCCUACACCUGCUUGGAAUGUGAGAAGAGCUUUGGGCGGAGCUCAGACCUGAGAAAACACCAGCACAUCCACACUGGGGAGAGGCCCUAUGAGCGUCCCCAGUGUGGGAAGAGGUUGCACACCAGCUCCACUCUCCUCGUACAUCAACAGAAUCACAUAGAGGAGAGGCCCUUCCGCUGCCCCGACUGCGGGAAGGGCUUCAAGCACAACUCCAACCUCACCAAGCACUGGCGCAUCCACACCGGGGAGAGGCCCUACGAGUGUGGGGAGUGUGGGAAGAGCUUCUCACAGAGCUCAAACUUGACCAGACACCAACGGAGGCACCACUAAGGGAAGCCCUUUGAGUGCCUUGAGUGAGGGAAGAGCUUUGUGUGCUGCUCCAGCUCCAUCCCUGUCCUGGCUUGUAAGAUAAGCAUAUAUUCUAUUUGCCAUCUGUCGGAGGUGGGGCAGGUAUCUUCUGUUUGGCAGUUUUCUUAUCUCUUCCAAGAACAAUGUCUCGCUCAGGAGAGAUAUCUUCUGUUAAUGUGCCAUUGAAUGGCUCACUGCAUGACUAAUAAAGUUACAUCAUCCCACUGUGAGAUGCUCCACCCAGAGGGAGGAGCCAAGCAUCCCUACCUGCAUAAAAUCAGCAUUUUUUGGGACAUCAGCACAGCCUCUUCACUGGAUUCCCAGAGGAAGACCAGGCCCAUGUACUCUUAUCACCAGACCUUCAGAGAAAACUACACCCUUCUACGGGAUCAUCGCUUCAGCAGCAUUUCAUCUGCCACUCCAGGAGGAGCAGCCACCAUUUAACUGGACUAUCACCAACACCCUGACUCCUCGGGGUGUCAGGUUUCUGACUCUAUCAGUAGUUUUGUUUGUACUAAUUACAUUUUCUAUUUUAAUUUAGUUUUUUCCUAGUAAAGAACUGUUAUUCCCAUUCCCAUAUCUUUUCCUGAGACCCUUUUUAUUUUGAAAUUUUGGCAAUUCAGAGGGAGGGGGUUUACCUUUUCCAUUUCACGGGAAGCCCUUGCUUUCCUACACAGACUCCUGUCUUUUCAAACUAAAAAAAAACCCCAUGGGAAGAUCCGGGCUGGACCAAACAUCGAGCCCUAUUUAAGCACUAUACUAGUAAAACCCAGUAUAAACACCUGCUAACCUCAAUAAAAUUGGCUUCUGAUCUAAA